UUCACCUGUGGUGACUCAUUGAACGCCAUGAAUCCUCUGUCUUAGCUCCCUUACAUACUCCAGAGUCCUUAUUCUUCUUUGAAAUACUGUACCGAUAUAUAUACAAAGGUAUUAAUUAGUUCUAGCGGGGGCUCCGCUCAAGAAUCUUUGCGUACCUCUUUGUCUUUUUUCCUUUUGUCUUCCCUUGGCUAUACAGGAUUGAUAAAUUUUACGUUUUCCCUAUACAAUCGAUACAUUUUUCAUAUAUAUAGAUAUAUAUAUAUAUAUACACGGUAGUGACUAUGGCGAGCGUUCAGCAAGACAAACCUGCAGUUGUUUGUGUAUUCUGCGGCUCAGUCUCCGGUAGCAACUCCAUUCACUUGGAAACAGCCCGAGCCCUUGCAUAUGAGUUUCACAAGAACAACAUCCAACUCGUCUAUGGCGGUGGCACGGCAGGCCUCAUGGGCGAAUUGGCCCGCACGCUUGUUUCUCUUUCCGGGCCCCAAGCAGUGCACGGGAUCAUCCCUCGAGCUCUGGUCAAAGUCGAGCCCGGCUAUGACAAUGCCGUAGAGGUGAGGAACCCUUCUGCGGUCGUAAGCGGGAAAGAAGCAGAGCGGGUCGUCAAGGUGCCCAUGGGUAAGAUCGGGACGCUUAAGGAGUCAGAGUACGGGUGUACCACCAUCGUUCCAGAUAUGCACACGCGCAAGCGCAUGAUGGCCGAGAAGGUCCGCGAGGGUGGUCCGGGGUCGGGCUUUGUGGCGCUCGCGGGCGGGUUCGGAACUAUCGAGGAGGUUAUGGAAAUGACUACCUGGAAUCAAUUGGGAAUCCAUAAGCUGGGCAUGGUGUUGCUCAAUGCCAAUGGGUAUUGGGAUGGUGUGUUAGCAUGGGUGAAGAACUCAGUCCAAGAAGGCUUUAUCAGUCGGGAGAACGGCGAGAUCUUGGUUGAAGCCAAGGAUGUCAGUGAGGUUUGGCCCAAGCUGGUUGGUUACAAGAUUAGCAAUGGGAGGAUGCAGUUGAACUGGGGAGAGGAGUAGGCUGGCUGGUUAGCCUACUGGCGCGAGACUUUAGCCUAUCCUCGGCAUGAAAAGCCAUCAACGUUGGUCAUAUGUUAGAGGCUAGAAGGGGAAGUACAAGGGAAGGACUAGGGCGCCAAUUACGAAUUCAUGACAUGAACAACGCA